CACGAGGUUUGAUGAACAAAGCUGUAUGAUGAUCUAGGAACAGCACAUGAUUUGAUUGAUACCGGCGCAACGGCUCCUCGAUAGAAUAGAACGAUCCACUUUGAGAUGGCAUCCUGGAUCCAACGACAGAACAACUCACACCAGGUCCAGCUCGCUGCAACUGCAGUGCUGUCCGGAGCUGCUGUUGCAGGCGCGAUACUCGGUUUUCAAAAAUACCGGAGACGAGAAGCUGUGAAGCGGUUAAAGGCUUCUAUACCAACAAUCGAUGAGAAGCACCGCGCAGAGAGCCUGAAUGAAUUUGGCGCCGCAGUCCCGGGACCAUACUGGAGCAAAGAGGAUGAACGUGGUGCAGCUCUUGCGCGGAGGGCGCAAGAGGGGGACUACGAUGAGGAGCUUAUCCUCGAGCAGCUCGCCCGAAACCGCGUCUUUCUAAAGGAUGAGGGUCUCGCAAAACUCCGCGACGCGUUCAUAAUUGUUGUUGGGUGUGGAGGCGUCGGCUCGCAUGCUGUUGCUUCGCUGGCUCGAUCGGGCGUAUCCAAAAUCCGUUUGAUUGAUUUCGAUCAAGUCACGCUCUCUUCUUUGAAUCGGCACGCCCUUGCCACAUUAGCGGAUGUUGGAACACCCAAGGUACAUUGCAUUCGCAGGAGACUGCAGCAGAUCGUCCCGUGGGUGAAGUUCGACUGCCGAAACGAGCUCUUUGGCGCAUCUGCUGCCGAUGACUUGCUGGCACCAUGGACUCUGGACGAUGCCGACAAAGGACAGAAGCCCGUCUAUGUGCUUGAUUGCAUUGACAACAUCCAAUCUAAGGUUGAGCUGCUGCACUACUGUCACUCGCAUUCCAUCCCGGUGAUAUCCUCUAUGGGUGCUGGAUGUAAAUCAGAUCCCACGCGCGUCAUGAUCACGGAUAUGUCAGUCAGCUCAGACGACCGACUUUCACGCAGCACCAGGAGGAGGCUUAAACUGCUGGGAGUAACUACUGGUAUCCCAGUGGUGUUUUCCACGGAAAAGCCCGGCCCCGGCAAGGCGACACUAUUGCCGCUGGCAGAAGAGGAGUUCGCCAAGGGCGAGGUAGGCGAGUUAUCAGUACUGCCGGAUUUCCGUUCUCGAAUCCUCCCCGUACUUGGAACCAUGCCUGCCGUCUUUGGAUACACUCUUGCAAAUCACGUCAUUUGCGAGAUCUCUGAAUACCCAACAGACUAUAGCAUGGGUGGUAAGGGCAAAGACAAGCUCUACGACACCGUCCACGCACAGCUACUGGUGACCCUUGAACGACUCGCUCGAGCGGAAAGUGAAUCAGGCACCCAGCCUAUUGGACUGCGUCUCCCGAUGAGCAGAGACGAUGUCAUCUAUCUCGUUGACGAGAUUUGGCGGGGCAAGAGUGUCGUUACUGGACUUCCUAGUCGGCUAGCACUUACCCUAUGGAACCGACCAUCCAAUGGGUUUAAGCCGGAUCCCCAAUGGGAGAAAGAAGGGCAAAUCUUGAUUCCAUUCAAGCCUGAGGAUUUAGUGCUUAUGACCAAGGAGGAAGCCACCCGCCAUGAGAAGGAAGUUCUUAUGGGUGGAAAGAAGGUCGAAGACCUGUACAGCGAGGAGAUUAUCCAGAAGGUGAAUCAGCGCCAGAAGGAGAUGGCAUACUAUGAGCAAUUUCGAUGA